AUGGGAAUAACUAAGCAGAAUUUUGGAAAUGAGCAUGAAAUGUCUAUAAAUGAAUUUUCUCAUUAUCCGUUAUUUCCGGGUCUUUUCGUUGCAUUCACUUACAAGAAGAAACAACCACCAGCGUUUGGUGCAGCACUUGCAUUUUGGUGCGUUCUUCUUCCUUUCCUUGGUCUUUCGUUCCGUCAUAUUCCAAACAACUGA